AUGAAAAGUUUGCAAAGAAAUAAGUGUAGCACAGUUUCCGUACCAGAUCAUUAUGAUCUGAUCAGAAUGGAUAAUCGCUUAAAUAUUCGCUUCAGUUCUGCUCCAAAUUUAAAGUUGCUUAAGAAUAUCAGCAUGAAACCUGAGGAAAACUUAAUUAAUAAUGAAAUGCAUUCGUCAACUAAACGGGUGUCUUUUACGUUGUACAAUGAUUGUGGUGACAAUACUCAAAUAAGGAAAGUCUCGUCAUCGUCUUAUUUAAGACCAAAUGACGUGCAAAUGACGUUGGAUCGAAUUCCAGCAAUUGAAAAUUACUUGUGGACUUUAAAAUCUGUAAGAAAUCCUAAACUUUCUUCUCAACCAACAAUUCGUGUAUUAAUGCGUGGAGUUUGCGAAGUAGCUGGUUUUGGCAUAGUUUUAUUAUCUGCACUUGUAUGCGUCAUCACAGCUAUUUCUAUCAGUGGAAUUUGCUCAAAUGGUGAAAGUCAGAAAGGUGGUUUGUAUUAUGUAAUUUCAAGAUCAUUAGGGCCUGAAUUUGGUGGAAGUAUUGGAGCAAUUUUCGCCAUUGCAAAUGCUAUGAUGGCAUCGCUGUAUGUUGUUAGUGCUGCAGAAACAAUAGCUGAUUUGAUGAAUGACAGCGGUUAUGAGACUGUAACAAAUACUAAAAUUAACGAUGUCCGUCUUUUUGGAAUUGUGAUUUGCAUUAUACUGAUGCUGAUAACUUUUGCUGGACCUGAUAUCGAGCAGAGUGCUACCUUGUUUAUGUUUUCUCUAUAUCAUUUAUCAUUUAUUGACUGGUGCCUUGGUUCUAUCUUGCCACCAAGUGAUGCUCAAAAAUUGCGUGGAAUGACGGGUUAUAGCAUGGCAACAAUAUCUGAAAAUUGGCUUCCUGCGUGGAGAAAUGAAAACUUCAUUUCUGUUUUUGCGAUUUUAUUUCCUGGAAUGACUGGACUUAUGGCUGGUUCAAUGUUUAUCAGUGACCUCAGAGAUCAAGCACGUGAUGUACCACUGGGCAUGUUCACGGCAAUCGGUGUUUGUGUACUAUACAACUUAAUUGCUGUACUGAUUCCAGCGUGCACAAUGCUUCGGGAUGUAUCAGGGGAUACGAUCCCACUCUUUGACAAUGUUACGUUAAAAUGGAAAGUAGCAAAGCUUGAAUCUGCUUGGGGACCGUUACUGAUUGCAGGUAUUUUUGCUAUGUCCCUCAGCUCUACAAUGACUAAUUUAGAUAACGGACCGCUGAUUUUUCAGGUAAAAUAUUCAUUUUCCAUUUGCAGAACCAAUGAACCUGAAGAUAUGCAAUGUGCAAAGAUCGGUGACUUAAAUGUUAUAAAUGGUUUUGUAUCAAAUUUAUUUCUAGCAGCAUAUGCAUCCGUUAAUUAUGCUUGUUUUGACGCUUCAUUUGCUAAAGCACCAGGUUUUCGGCCAUCUUUUCGAUAUUACAAUAUGUGGCUAUCAUUAGCUGGAGCUGGUUUAUGCAUAAUAGUUAUGUUCAUUAUCUCGUGGACAUUUGCUUUGCUUAUAUUUGCAUUCUUUCUCAUGAUUUUAUUUUACUUAUCUAAAAAGCAUCUAGAUGUUAAUUGGGGUUCAUCAACAUCUGCUGUACGUUAUCGUAUUAUACUUAGUAAUUUACUAAAAAUGUCAAAUGACGUUGAACACGUGAAAAAUUAUCGGCCGCAGAUUUUACUUUUAACUGGUAAUCCAGCAGCUCGUCCCUCCUUGCUCGAUUUCGCUGUGUCUAUUACAAAAGGCGAAAGCUUAUUAAUAGCAGCUCAUGUUGUACAAUACGAACCAAACUGGCAAACAUUUUGUAUAGUACAUCAAUUGUAUAAACAAAUGACAUUAUGGUUAUCUAAAAACAAAUUCAAAGCAUUUUAUUCACCUUUCGCUGAUCCAAGUCUUCGUUCUGGUGCUCAACAUCUUUUGCAAAUGGCUGGAAUUGGUAGAUUACGUCCAAAUAUUUUAAUGAUGGGAUUCAAAAACAAUUGGUUUCAAAGCAUUUCAGAUGAAUUAUUGAAGUCAGAUGACUACGUUGACAUCAUUAGAGAUGCACUGGAGAAUAACUUUGGAGUUGGUAUUUUACGCAAUGAUGGCAGUGGUUUUGAUAUCAGUGAGAGACUUCUGAAUCUGGACAGCAGCGACAUUUUGGCACUAAACAUAUUUAACCACAAUUCCCAACAAAAUCAUUCUUCAAACAGGUCAUUUGUUGAUUCAGUUAGUGCAUCUGGAAACGGCUUCAGAUUAAAGCAAAAUGACAUAAAUGAUUUGGAUCACAGUUCUAGUCAACAUAACUGUUUAUCGAAUGAAGAUAAACAACUACAUGUCCAUUCAGGACAGUUAUUAAAUUUAAGUGGUCAUGAGAUAUAUUCUGACUCAGUUACCAGAAUAAAUGCUCUUCCAGGUCAUGUCUUUUAUUUCCUAAAAAAUCAUGCACACUAUAAAGCAAGUUUAGUAGCAAUUUACUGCAUACAUUUAUUUGUAUGUGAUGGUUGCAGAUCUUCCGAUUCAACGAAACAGCAAGUAGAGUUGACCCAUGAUAUGCUUAAGUUUCAUUUACGAAUUAAAAAAGGUCGAAUCGAUGUCUGGUGGCUGUAUGAUGAUGGGGGAUUGACCUUACUUGUUCCACAUCUUUUACGAUUACCUAAAAGUUAUCUUGAGAAUGCAGAACUUCGAGUGUUUACCUUAGCAAGUUCAUACGCAUGUUGUCAGACAGCUGCUAAAAAAAUGGCUGCUUUAUUAAGCAAAUUUCGAAUUCCAUUUACUGAUGUAUGCGUGAUUGCUGAUAUUACGCAAAAGCCAAGUGAUUCUACAUUACGUGAAUUCGAAGCUAUCAUAGCUCCAAUGCGGAUGACAGAAGAUAAAGCAAGUCUCGACAGGGAUAUCCUCUAUCAAGUCUCAUAUCCUAAAAAGAAUUUGUCUUUCAGAACACUACCAAUUCCACGGCUAGAAAUCAACACUUACUUAUACAUGGCAUGGCUCGAUCUGAUGACUAGGAAUUUGCCCCCUGUUCUGAUGAUACGUGGAAAUCAAACAUCUGUUUUGACUUUUUAUUCUUAA